AUGGUAUCAGACGACGCGUUCGAUCCGCGCCGUGCUUCCGCUUCCUCUGUCGCCGCCGCGUCGACCUUCGCCGCCGUGCCGCCUCCGUCAACCCUGGCGACGGAAUCGCCGUUCAUGGCGUCCGCUCCACUCGCCUGGGCCCGUCCGGCCACAUCGGGAUCGCACCCGCCAGCACCCCGAUCGCCGCUCGCCCGUGAUGCGUCGCUUCCUCGUGAUGCAGCCCUGGCGCCGAACUCCUAUCAUCCAGCACAGCCACCCCGCGAUGGGUCUUUGGCGGUCAACCAUCCAGUCCAGCCCCGUGAUGGAUCUCUGGAGGUGCCCUACGGCGGGCCGUAUCCAGUGCCGUACGUCGCUCCGUCGUCGCCGUACGUCGCGCCGGCGCCGUAUGCUUCGUCCUCUGCGGUGCCCUAUGAGUCGCCGUAUGGCGUGCCGUACGUCGCGCCACUGCAGCCCUACGGCGUACCUCCUACGGCGCCCUACAGUCAUCACCAACACUACCGUCUGCCUCCGUCGGCCGAUGCGCUGAUUCCGUACAGUGCUUCCCCGACGUACGACUCGCAGCUCUCUGCACCGGUGGCUGAGCCAGGACCUUUCCACUUUGCGCUCACCUGGUGA